UUGAGCCUUUUUCUUUUUCUCUAAAAGAUUUCAGGUUCAAAGAUCAGGACUUAACGAUGAUAAUGAGGAAUUUAAGAAACUGAGUUUGUGGACAUAUACCGACAUUCAGAGAAGAAAGAAAGUCACACAGGUUUGGAAUGAUAUGAAGAAACAGUCAUGAAUGCUGAUAAUGUUGUGCUGCUGUUCAUACUGGUUUGGACUUUCACAGCUGUCUGUCAAGCUGAUAAAGGUAAAGUCAUUGUAAGCUGUGAGAAUGUGACUGGAUCUGUGGGUAAAGAAGUAACUCUCACCUGCAGCGUCUCUCUGCUGUUCACUGAAUGCUGCAUUGUAAUGUAUAUGUUUCAAUACCCUGAGAGCAUUAAUGACUCCGUAAUCUGUCGUCAAGACUUUCCUAAUGACUCCUGUGAACUGAGAAACAGCUUCACAUGCCGCUACACUCCAACUACAGCAAUGACAGAACAAUUCAGAUUCUUUGUGCAAACAACGUGUGUAGUGGGCAAAUCAAAAUUCACUGUGGACACAUCAGUUUCCUCAGAACAUAUAAACCCAGAAAACCCAUCAGGAUCCUCUCCACCAGAGACAGCAGCAGGAUCCAAGGAUACUGUCAUCUCUGUGCUUGUGAGUGGUUUCAUCAUCAUCAUCCUCCUCAUCAUCAUGAUGGCGAUCAUUUGCAAAACAAAACCGAACUUCACCAAACUUUGUAGAUGCCAGAACUGGAUGUUUUUGAGUGUCAGACAUGAUGAGGACAACAAUCGUCCAGAAAAUGAGAUAUAAUAGCAUUGAGUUUUGUUCAUUGUGACUUUACAUGUGAUGCUCAUGAAACACACAAGCUUUGUUUGAACUCUACACUAUUCUACAUC